UUAAAUCCUCGAGACGUUUCUGGUAGGCAAUAGGGGGGUCAAGGUAUGAAAUCUAGGAUACAUACGUGUAUUUGUAUAUUGUUUGCUUAGGCUUUGAUAGAUCACUAAUAGACUGCCAUAUUUGUGUCCAGUUGAACUAAUCUUACCCCUAGCUUCAGUAUUAGCGAGUACAUGGCGGAUAAAACAGAAAAAAAAGCUAACGGUUACAACGAAAUGGAAACUGCUGCCGGGAAACCGCCGCCAACUGAUCCCACAGUGAAUGGCAGCAAAUCCCCUUCGAUUAUAAUCGAGACAGCAAAUAUGGAGUUGAAGAAGAACUUGGGACUUACUAGUGCUAUAUCCAUGAUUGUUGGGACAAUAAUAGGAUCGGGAAUCUUUGUUUCACCAAAAGGCGUGCUGGAAUCAACGGGGUCUGUUGGACUCAGUUUGUUGGUAUGGGCUGGAUCUGGAUUGAUAGCCAUGAUGGGUGGUCUGUGCUAUGCAGAGCUCGGGACCUUGCUUCCAAAAUCUGGAGGAGAAUACAUCUAUUUAAAGGCAGGUCUGGGUGACAUUCCUGCUUUUCUUUUUGCUUGGACCUCGAUUCUCGUCACCAGGACGUCAUCGUUAGCCAUCAUAACGCUAACCUUUGCUACGUAUGCUGGAUCUUUCUUUCAGCUUUGCGGGGGACCACAGUUACCAGAAAAAUUAAUUUCUGCAAUAACCAUUAUUCUAAUCGGUAUAGUGAACAGUUGGAGCACAACAUUAGCUGCAAGGGUACAGGUUAUUUUUACAUUCGCCAAAGUUGCAGCUCUAGUGGUCAUCAUCGUAGGUGGAUUUGUGAAACUUGGUCAAGGUAAUACAUCAGUGAUAUCUAGCGGUUUUGAAGGAACAACAGAUUCUCCAUUUAUUAUAGCAUUAGCAUUUUAUGAUGCACUGUGGGCUUACGACGGAUGGAAUAAUCUCAAUUCAGUAACAGAAGAAUUACAAAAUCCGCCCAAGAAUUUACCACGAGCUAAUGUUGGCAGUGUUAUUCUUGUUAUCAUUGUGUAUUUAUUAACAAAUAUAUCAUACCUAACGGUGAUGACAGUUGACGAACUUCUUGAUUCCCCAGCCGUUGCAGUGACAUGGGGUGCGCGAGUUCUUGGUGCAGCAAAGGUUAUCAUGCCAUUAUCUGUCUUGGUGUCAACGUUUGGGGGAGCCAAUGGAUCAGCAUAUACCAGUGGCAGAGUAGUCUUUGCCGCCGCUAGAGAUGGAUUUUUACCAGAGUAUUUAUCUUAUCUUCAUGUGAAAAAAUAUACACCUUUACCGUCUAUGAUAUUUACAGUAUUUGUCUCAUUAUUAAUGAUCAUACCCGGUGACACUAGUAGUCUCAUUGACCUGUUCAGUUUUACUGCCUGGUGCUUUUAUGGAAUGACUUUCACAAGUUUAUUAAUACUGAGAUAUAAAAUGAAGGAGGCACACAGGCCGUAUAAGGUCCCGAUAGUUAUACCAAUACUAAUGGUUCUCAUUUCAAUUUAUCUGGUUAUUGCACCAAUAAUUCACGAACCAAAAAUAGAAUUCCUGUACGCGUUUGUUUUUGUGAUGGCUGGUCUUCUUUUUUAUUUCCCAUUGGUAUAUUUCAAUCUUCAUUUUAAAUGUAUUGAUACUCUCUCUAUGUAUGGUCAACUGUUCCUGGAAGUAGCACCACCAAAGUCUGAGGAAGAUAAAUUGUAAACAUAUCAUCGAUUAGGGCAAGAGCGAAUGAUAAAUGUUCAUUAUUUAAAUUAACGAAGGUCAAGGCCUAAAUGCGUUGAUUGGAUAGUAAUAAAUGUCUGAAUCACAAUAUAAUAAAAAAAAUAAAGUGUUUCCAUGCAGUAUGAAAAAGUUGCGUAAUUAUGGUUAUUAAAAAAAAUUACUCAUGCGUUUAAAACUCCAACAGAUAAAAUUAAAUUAAUAGUACAAUGUAAUAUUUCAAAGCAUAAAACCUUCUCACUUAAAAAUUGGUCCCCCCACAAUCUUUGACAUUGGAAAAUAAUAUAUCAAAGGAUCUCUAUUAAAAUUAAAUUAAUAGUACAAUUAAAUAUUCCAAAGCAUAAAACCAGUCCGCUCUUUAAAUAGUAUGCUCCUCGCAAUCUUUGAAAUUGGGAAAUAACAUAUCACAAUCCGGGAUCUAUCCAAUAUACUGGUCAUCAAUUGUUUCAUGGUAAAUCUCCUUUAAUUGUUUUCAGUGGAAUUAUGUCGUUGUCCAAAUUGGAGGGGUCGAAAUAAUUGUGGUUUAUUAUAAUUGUAACAUGUGGUUCUAUCGAACUCUGAAAGCCCCCCCCCCCCAACCCCGAAUUACCAGCAAACAGAUUUUUCAACAGAUAUUUUUUUUAUGUGUUGUGAUUGUACAAUGGAUAUUAUUUUAGUUAGAGUGGAUUUAAACAUAAUUGGCAAGUUUUUUCAUAAUCUGCUAACCUUUAUGUUGGUGAAUACGAUAUAAAUAUUCUCUCAAAGAGACAUAUAUAGAGCGGUAUGAAAUCAAUCAACAUAUACCUAAGUAUAAUUAAUAACUGAAUUAUGUUAGGAAUAAUGGUUUGAAAUACUUUUAGAUAUAUUUUUGUUGUAAGAGUAUUUAUGGUUGUGCAUAAUAAUAUUUUUUUGUUUCAUUUCUUGUGAAUGUGGCUUAUGAUUUCUGUAAAA